GCUCGGAAAUUUGAAAUCUUAGAAGGAAGCAACACCGAUAUUACAGUCCUUACAGUUAUGAUAAUGUAUCAUGUGCGUUAUUAUAUAUCUUGUGCUAUCUCUCUUAGUUUGUUGUUUUAUUUUAAAAUAACUUCCUUUCUUUUAAUUUAUAGAUUUACUUUUUCAAAUCCUAUCGCUAUGGAGAUGAUCUUUUUCAUCAUCUAAAAAUCCUAAUCCUCAGUAUUACAGUAUAUCACGUCUUAAAAAAUAAUGCAAAUAAUU